GUUCAACUGCACGCUAGAAUUAUUCGAUAUCAAUCUCAUUGUAGAAAUGUCUGACGCUCCGAAAACAGGAGGAAAGCAGGCGCCCAAGGUAGCCAAAAAGGGUGAAAAACGAGCUGGCAAAAAAGGCGGCAAGAUCGCCGGUACAGGAGAUAAGAAACGCAAGAAGAAGAGACGCGAGUCCUACGCCAUUUACAUCUAUAACGUGUUAAAGCAAGUGCAUCCCGAUGUCGGAGUUUCGUCUAAAGCGAUGAGCAUCAUGAAUUCGUUCGUGAACGACAUUUUUGAAAGGAUCGCGUCUGAAGCUUCGCGACUCGCCCUUCAAAACAAAAAGUCUACAAUCUCUUCACGUGAAAUUCAAACAGCCGUGCGCCUCUUACUUCCCGGUGAAUUGGCAAAACACGCAGUGAGCGAAGGCACCAAAGCUGUCACCAAGUACACGAGCAGCAAGUAGACGCUCUACUACAAAAAGGCUAUUUUCAUAGCCACAAA